CCGUUGAUCUUUUUGUUCCCCGUCCACUCCUCGACCCCGAGCCCGUCCGGAUGCGGCAGCGCGCAUGUGGCGCCGCCGGAGCCGCAGUCCGAGGAGGUGCGAGAGCGGUUUAGGUGAUGAGGAUCUGCAACAGGCGAUCUUCGAUGACGGGCGCGGCAUCGCGCGCCUCCUGGGCAUGUCCAGGCCCGAGGGCCUCUUGGAGGCGCGGCGUGCCCAGCUGCUCAAGAGCGGCUUCAGUUGCCGCAGGUCCCGAGGCGGGCGCUUCGCACAGGCAUUUUGGCAGUUCUGGAAGCGCUUGUGUCGCGGGGAGAAACCCAAAGAGGUGCCUCCCCUUGAGAAGGCCUCACGGUUGCUUUUGGCCUGUUGGGCGGCGAUGUGUAGCUGGGACCCCGCCUUCGUGGCCUCCGAUGGCUGGGAGCAGGCGUCGAAGGUGGAAGCCAAAGCGCUUCACCUGGUGUUGCCAUUGUUGAAAGAGGUGCCCAGCCUUUUUGGCCUUUUUGCCCUCCUGCACGUGACCGACAUGGCCCCGGACUGUGAGGAACGCUGGGAGGUGAAGUGCGCGAUCAUGCGGCAGAUGCAGCGGCACUUGAAUGCUUCUGGCGCCACUUGCCCUGUUUGUCUAGAAGAGCUGGGUCGAGAGCCAGAGCGGCGUUCCCACACGCAGUUUGAGGCGACACUCAUGGUGAUGCCCUGCUCUCAUGCGGUGCAUUCGUCCUGCUAUGCCAGUGCUGUGAGGGCGAAGACCAGCGCCGGGCGAUGCUUGAUGUGUCGGAAGGUGUGCAACUGGUCCAACAUCAUCAUCUCCAGACUCCUCCAUGACUAUCGAGGCUUCAUCCUCACGAUGGUCGACGAAGAAGAUUCAGAUUGGCUCGUCUUCGGCGGGGGGCCUCCGAGGGAGUUUCUGGUGGCGUCCAUUUGUGCGGAUUUGUCGGAGCACCUGCCCUACCUGCAGGAGGUCUCCAUGACGAUGGAGACCUUGGCCACCUUGUACUUGGAGGGGCAGGUGGAAGUGUCUCCCCAAGGCACCUGGAUCGUGUCCAAGGAGCUGAUGCUUGGGAACCGCUGGGGGCGUGGCACCUUGGCCGGCCCGGGUGCAGAGCCUGUGGCCUCCAAGCCGCCGCACGUUCGCUUGCCAGUGGCGUCUUCCUUAGUCUCCAUCGCCAGUAGCGAUGCGCAGGUGUGCUACAAUGAGUUCCAGAUUCAGCAGGCAGGGGCUUUCAGCGCAGGGGCCUUGUUUGGCCUGAUCAGCCCCGCGGACCAAGCAGUAAUGACCUUUAAGGUGCCGCUGCCCAUGCAGCUGUUUUGGAGCUCUGACUUCCACAAGUCCUUGGAGUCCAAGGGCCUUCCAGUUUGCGAGGAACACAUGCUGGACUUGCUGCACAACCCGGAGCCUGAGAUCUUUGGACGCCUGUCGUCGCUCCUCUAUGGAGACGACUCGGAGGAGGAGGGCCUCUGAAAGGAGUCGAGGGCCACCGCAGAGGAAAUUGGUCGGAGGCGCUGAUGGUCUGGGAAAUUCGCUGGUGCUCAUGAUCCCCAAGGAAUUUGGGGAAAAGAGGGCAAAUUUGUGGGUCUGAGAUGUUCCUGAAUCUUCUUGGACAUCUGAAGAGAAGGUGAUUUUGAUUGAUCUUGUUAGGUUUUCACAGACUCUUCCAACUCCUCCCCGCGCUCAACUUCGAGUGUCUCAAAGUUUGAUGGACACGCUCUUUGUGCACUACGUGCAAAGGAUCUGUGCGAGCAUUUUGUCCAUAGACCUCAACCUCAAGCGACCACGCCUGAGUCGACAAACAUGAUGUCGCCUCCAUCUGAC